UUACACACAUUUUCCAUUACACAAAACAAAACUCCCCGUGAGAUUAGAAUAUCCGGAUCACAGGCGAGCGACCCAGUCGUAACAGCAGGCGGUUAUCCCAAUCUCCCAGCCUCUGACCCCCUCCAGUUGUCAAGAACCCUAACCCUAACCCUAUAUCAGAAGUCAGCUCACAUGAAAGGGGAAUUUAGCAACCUUUAUUGUUCGAUCACCCUAUCAUGUCCCAAGCCGAUGUCUCUUACAGUUGUGGUUCAUGUGGAUACCCUUUGAAUCUAGCAUCCUCAAAUCGCAUAACAUCUGAAAUAGGCUCCAAGUAUCGCAAAUCCAUCAGAAAAGGUUCUAUAUCUUUUGCAUCCAUUGAUCUUAGUAGAUUCACUCAAUUUGACGAGGUAUCUUGCUUUCCCAUCUGUUUAAAUCGCCAUGGUUCAAAAACAAAGCUAUUAUGUCGCCAAUGUGGUGUUCAUAUAGGAUACGGAUAUGUAGAUGCACAUGUUCUUCAUGAUACCGAAUCAUCCCCCAUAUCCAACUCAUAUUACAAACAGAUUGUAAUCAAAAUCCGAGCUUUACAACCUUCAGAUCCUGUGUAG